ACGAUGUUGAAGAUAAGCAGCGUAAUUUAGAAGCAGCUCAUCGUUCAUGCUAUUGACUGACAUUUCAGUUGCAAACCAAACGUAUGCUGAAAACUCACAGGUUGUAUUCGCGGAUUAUGCAAUUAUAUUGCUGAUAGUUAGAAAGUUUGGCUAUUUAUUAUUUCCUUUUUUUGUUGAUUUCUUGCAGAAAUUUAUAUAUAUUUUUAUUUUCUGGAUAAAAUUUUGUUUUGAAGCUGCAUACAUCAAUUGAAUAUUCGAGCACUUAGUUCAUUUAUUUUUUGCAUGACUUUUUAAGUAUUGAAUCAGAGAUUCAUUACAUAUUUAUUAUAAUUAAUUUUGUCGAAAUGCACUUGAAAAAAAUUUCAAAACCACCUUCAAGAAAAGAUCAUAAACACUCAGAAGUGACUGUGCCUGACCAACAAAUAGAACAAUGGGGGUAUCAGAUAUAUCAAAUCGACAAGUCGAUUCGAAGCAUGAUAGACAACGCUAGGUUGUUUUAUGACGCUUGGCGAUGUGUGGUUUGUCUUGCACCAUCGGUUACUGCGUCUUGGAUUUCUUUAUAUAGACAACUUCCGAAUGAAAAGAACCCUGCUCCUUCUCUUGGAACACUAGUAGAUUGGAAUAAAGCUCUAGAACGGCAGAGAAGAGAAGUUUUGCUAACUUUGCAAAACUUUCAAUUAACCGUAAUAGCACCUUGCAAAGAAGUAAAGGCACAUGUGAAAAAGGCCGUUGAGAUGAUAAAACGAAGGAGCAGGAAGGUGAGCGAACUUGAGAAGAUCCAAAAGGAACUGCUGGUUGUUUAUGAGUUACCAGAUCCGGAAACGAAGAAAAACAAGAUUAAAGCACUACAGACCCACUUAGUACGAGUCAACAAUGAGCUAAAUGAAUUGCAAAGAAGCUUGACCAUGUCAGUUCCUACACUAAUAACCAAAUGCCAAGUCUUUUUUGGGCAAUUAAUGCGACAUUUUUUCUGCCUCCAACUGCAGAUGUUCCGGAAAAUGCAUAACAUUACUCGUCCAUGGGAUUGUUUUCAAGACGAUAUUCCUAAAACAUGGCUUGUCGAGUUUUCUUCCGUAUGUAAAGCAGCUGAGGGUCUUCCUAUAAUUUCUGUUGAUAAUAAUCGUCCUCCUGUCGAGCUCCCAAAAGCAUCAGAGGCUUUAUCUGCGCAUGAAUGGGAAGCUGGUAAGCUCGAUGCAAUGAAGGCUCUUUUAUCACAGAACCCUCAUCUUUCGCCCUCUCAAAGCAGCUUAUCUCCUUUAUCUACCGCAAGCUCCUCUGUUGCUGCUUCUCCUAUUGAUACACAUGCUCCUUCGACUCCUGUGGUUUCAAGGCCUCCUUCCAUGCAAAAUUUGGCUUCUGCACUUGAACCAGAAGAAGAUCCGAUGUCUCCUAGUCAAGUUCCUAUUUUGAGGGCUCCUGCCGUACCACAUCACCAAAAAAUAAAUAGUAAUACAACAAAUACUUUAUAUACAACUGAAUGGGCGUUUUUGGCUUCUGGUAGUGCUAACGUUGUUUUUGAAUACGUUGGGAAAAACCCAUACUUUCAAGACAAAGUACUCCGACUUCGUCGACGAGGUCAGGCUUUUACGACCGAACAAGUUUAUGACUACUAUCAAAAUACUGUUUAUCCUUUAUUUGCUGGUAUGGAGCAAUUCCUAAUAGAAAUAUAUCUUCAACCAGUUACUAAAGAUUUUCUACUUGGUGCUCAAAAUGCAUCAGGAAUUUUUCUAAAUUUAAAUGAAUCGUUUUGUAUUCUAAUGCAAGACUUGAAAGAAGGUAUGGAAAUGAAGCCGAAAUGGCUCACUCAGUCUCCGACUGCUCCACCGGACUGGGUUGUCUGCAGGACUUGUGCCAUGAGCCGUAUGCGAGGCAAACCCAUCAGCUUUUGUCCACUUCAGCUUGAUUUUAGUAACUGGCCAAAAUUCCUUAGCGCGCUUCAGGGCAUGGUUACUCCUGACAUUGCUAUGUCAUUAUUUCAGUCGGGCAUCCUAAAGCGACUCCGCGAUUUACAAGAAGAGUAUUCUCGUAAAGACAUCGCUUUAGCCAUGACUCUUCGAGAUGUGACUCUAUAUAUCGGCAAAAACCACAUAACGUUGCUUGACUUGGAUCCCAAAGAUAUUAAUGCAAAGCUAGCAAAAUGGGAACGUGAUGAGCAGAAUCUUUCAGAGGGCGGUUGGUAUUAUGGGCGUGGAAUGAAAUCUACCGACCAGGCAUGUCGCAGUGCCUAACGAAUGUUUUCUAUUUAUAUGAUUAUACGACAUGCCUCAUAGAGUUAUGAACGCCUUGGGUUCACGUUAGAUAUGUUGAAAUUUGUAAGCUAUUACAAACUUUUAAGUUACUAGAAUUUAAUACGAAAACGUUU